GGGAUAUCAUAUGGCGCGGUGGAAUCGUUCCAAGUGGUCCUGCGCUGAAUCACUAUUUGCCUUCUGUAGAGAUCUAGCGAUGCCGUGUCUGCCUCGCUCUCCUCCGCCAUUUGCAGCCCUCCUUGCCCGCCUCUCGGCUUCCUUCGAGCCGUGCUGACGCUGCAACCACCGGCCCGUUCGCUCACCAUGACGAGCGCUGCAGGUGAGUGAACACAAAAGGCGACAGAUCGAUGAGCUGCCGGCGCACUCUUUUGCGAACUGCUGAUGGCAUGCUGCUGUGUUUUGCAAUGCUUGAGUUGUCUGUCUGUGGCGCAGGAAGCGGUCGUCUGCGUGUGGGCGAUGUGCGCUGGUGCGGCGUGUCUGAGGGCAAGAUCAGGCGGGCCAGGCCUGUAUUCAACGAGGAGGUGAUCAGAUACCUCUACGACUGGAUGACCGGUUUGAAAUGAACACGCACGCACACGCAACGCACGCGAAGCCCCAUGCAUUCAUUCACUGUUCGUGUGUUGCUGUUGCUGGUGUGACAUGGUAUCAGAGCGUCACUUGAUCUUCAAGCGCAAGAAUGCGGGGGAGCCGGCGCCGUGGACGACGGACCCCGUGCUGCUCCAGUGGCGGUUCUGCAACGUACGCAGAGAACUAGACAGAGAAUCAAGGUACGGUGGAUGGUUAACAGCAGGCCGACACAGACACACCGACAGUAUUGCCUGUCUGUCUGCCUGUCUGUCUGUCUGUCUGUCUGUGUCUGUGUGAUGUGAUGUGUUGUGUGCAGGGCACUGAUCGAGCGCAUUGUGAAGAAUCCCGACCUCUGGUACGGUCAGCUGGCUGAGAGAAAUGCACACGUGUGGUGAGGUGAUGUACAUGUGGCUGUCCAGGGUGUGCGUGUGCGUGUGUGUGUGUGUGUGUGUGCAGCUACCGUGCCAAGGUGUUGAAUUGCAUCUGGUUCCGGCUGUUCAACAAACAGGAGACGUUCGAGAUACUUGGGCCGCUCAAACUGGAGGCAAGCAUGCACCAAACACACACCCACAUGGACAUGCCCUCACCAAAUCACACACAACACGAGCUCCCAAUGGAUGCGUUUCCUUCUUCCUCUCUCCGUGUGUGUGUGUCUGUGCUGUUGAUCUCCACUACACGGCAGGACUUUGCCGCUCUGCAUGCCGUUCCGCGGGUGUUCCAGCACUACAAGGAGAGGUUUGAGGAGUACCGCCGCAGCCACCCAUCCUACCAAUUCUUCACCAACGCCUUCCACACCAGGGGCCUCCUCGCCCAGUGGAAGCAGCCACCGCAGCUCAACGGAGGUAUGGCUCCAUGCACACAUGCCACAUCGACAGGAUGCACCCACCCAUUGCGUGUGUGCGUGCAUGCAGGUGAGGUAGCGUCUGACAACGAGCGCAUGCUGUAUAUGAUCGACCACAUCUACAGCAGCGGCCUGCUGGUAUGUUGACCAGGGGGAGCGCACCUCAGCAAUGCAAUGCAAUGCCUGCCUGCAUGUCUGUGGGCGUGUACGUGUGUGUGGUCAGGCCAAGAUAGCUGUGACGGCUGAUCCGUCCUAUGUCAAGCCCGGCCUCACACAGAGUGACGUCUUCAACACACUCUGCACAAUCAGAGGUGGGUAGAUGGGUGUGGGUCGGGAUGGAAGGUGUGUGUGGUGUGUGUGUGCAUAUAUAUACAUAUCUCUCUCUCUCCCUGCUGUGUAUGUGUAGGUAUCGGGUCGUUCCUCGCCUACCAGAUGUUCGUCGACUUCACCUACAUAGCCGAGUUUCCGUGAGCAGCCAGCGCACACACACACGAAUGGUCGACCGUUUCAUGGCUGCAUGUGUGUGUAUGGUCUGCAAAUACCCAGGUUCAGUGAGAAUGAGUUCACGGUCGGCGCGAUGGAUGAAUGACGGAUGGCACACACCACCACACGAGCCCCGCGUGCAACUCGUCACGUGUCUCAGGUUUCCUGCCCCGGGUGCAAGGCGGGGCUGUCGAAGCUCUUCGACGACCGAGCGGGUCAGUCAAAUCACACACACGCACUCUCUCAUGUCCAUGUGUGUCAAUGCCUGCAGGUAUGAGUGACGAGGAGCUGCUGUUCUGGCUACGCGACAGCCUGGAGGCGGCCUUCAACAGCAGGAACCUCCCAUUCAACCAGCACGUGAGCCAUUAAUGCAGAGCAGAGAUCAUAUGACAUGACAUGGCAGAGCCCACGUGUGUGUACGUUACAUGUGUGUGUGGUGCAGGAGUUGUUUGACGACCUGCCGGAGGACUGCGCCCGGCUGAACGUCAUGUGCCUGGAGAACGCCAUGUGCGAACUCUCCAAGUACACCAGAGGUCAGUCAAUCACACACGUCCCCCACACAGCAACUGUGACUGCCUGCAUGUCUGCAUGUCUGUGUGUGUUGCAGUGCGUCAGGAUGCCGGCACCCCCCGAGUGCGCUAUGAGGCCUCCACCGCCCCCCUGCCCGGCGCCACCACCGUGUGGAACACCGGCAAGGGCAGCGUCAAGACGGCCUCCAGCGGGGCCAAGAAGCGCACGGCGGCUGUGCAGCCGACACUAGACCGGUACUUGGUCAAGAAGACGGCUGUGGGUGUGGGGGAGGGGGCGGGGUAGGUGUAGCCAGCCAGCGUGUAGCCAGGUAGGUAGAUGGGAUGGGAUGGGUGGAUAUGGUCGCCUGAUUACUGACUGCAGUGUGGCGUGCCCGGUGUACAGUGACAGACAGACAGACGGUGGACAUGUGUGUGGGUGUGCUGUGCAUGAGACUUAAUUUGUUGGCUGAGUUCAUUCGAGUGGAGGGAGUGCCAUCGGCCAAUCAGUGGGUGUUGAACGAACGGGUGUGCAACAGUCUGCUAGACAGCCAAAACACAGGCGGGAGUGGGCGUGGCCGUCAUGCACCCCUCAGAUAUAUACAUCAG